CAGCCACGCCAAAAGGACCACGAAAACGUCUCGUCUCGUCCCUUCUGACCCUCCUGACCUCCCCGAGCCCCAACACGACGACACGGAGCACAAACCUCCCGCGCCUCACCACUUCCCCUCGCCUCCGCCGCCCCCACUUGGCCACAUCUCCUCCGGUCUCGGUCCCCGCGGCGGCGGCGGCGGAGGAGCUCGCCCAUGUUGUUCCGCGGACUUCUCGCUUGGGCUGUCGGGUAGGGAACCCUGAGAAAACGCAUACCGGCGGUCGCGGAGAGCAGAGCAAAGGCGGGGGAUGGGGUACCUGCCGUCGCUGGGCGGGAAGGCGGCGCACCUGGUGUCCGACCUCGCCACCGUCAUCCUCAACCCCGUCUCCGAGCGGGAGAGCCAGCGCCACCCCUCCCACCUCCCCGAGGCCACUGAAGUGCAAGAAAAUAUCUAUGAGGAUGACGAUGAUGAUAAUUCAGUCAAGAAUUCUGAGAUUCCUAAUGGCCCUGACACAUCUUCCUUCAGAGCAUUCCUGAUGUCAUUUAUGUCGUCAUCAAACUCCAGCAGUGAUUCUAUAGAAAUCAUACCUGAGCACAAUAUGAAUAUGGAAUAUCCAACUUUAACACCUGUUGGGAAGGGAAGCAAUGGAAGGAAGGGCCUGUUUAGCAGAGGGAAGCAUUCCAUUGGAAAAAUCAUUAACAAAGCAGGCAGAAUUGGUGGUUUCAGACAAAAACCCAGCUACAGCAUUGAUGGUGAAACUGUUCAAACAGAAUAUGAUGCACCUGGGUUGGAACUUAAGGGAUCAAAGGAAUCUGCUUCACAUGAUAAGUUACCAGCCAUGUCUGAACCAUCAAUGCUUUUGUCUGAAACAAUGCGAACUGUUCUUUAUACAUCUCUUCCUGUACUUGUCCAAGGAAGGAACUGGAUGUUGGUAUACAGUACCUGGAGACAUGGAAUAUCUUUAUCUACUCUGUAUAGAAGGAGCAUGCUUUGUGCAGGCUACUCACUUUUGAUAGUUGGGGAUCGAAAAGGAGCGGUUUUCGGUGGGUUGGUUGAGGCCCCAUUGCAACCAUUAAUAAAAAAGAAGUAUCAGGGGACCAACAACUGCUUUGUGUUCACCAAUAUAGCUGGCCGUCCUGUUAUAUAUCGUCCAACAGGUGCUAAUAACUAUUUCACAUUUUGCUCCACCGAUUAUUUGGCAAUGGGAGGUGGUGGUCACUUUGCACUUUAUCUUGAUGGAGACCUUCUGAAUGGUUCAAGUUCCACUUCAGAGACAUUUAACAACCCGUGCUUAUCACGUUCCCGGGAGUUUGAAGUCAAAGAUGUCGAGCUAUGGGGCUUCGUCAAUGCUUCCAAGUAUGAUGAGAUGCUCACUAUCUGCCGUACUGAGAAGCAAGGGAUCUGGAAUCUGUGACUGUCUGUUUACAAUUGAUCUGAGCUGUUUAGUGCUUGUACCUGAUGCCAACCCAUCCUGGUGGUUUGUACAGUUUUGUAGUUCUGUCUGUUAAGUAUAGUAUAUAUAGGCCUUGUUGGAGUUCUGUCUGUAUGUAUAGUAAAAUGCCCCUUGUAAAACAAGUUCAUCAACGGAGUUAUGGAGCUUAAAAUGAGUAACUCUGAAACAUGAAUCGAGCAACUGCCAAAGCUGAUCCUUGUAAAUAUUGUACCGUACCAUAGCUUCCUGAAGAAAAUGCAGUGGAAUUCAGGCAGUGGUUUUGUCA